AUGAUGGAUUUGAUGGAGCUCGACAUCGCUCCCUUUGCAGGUGAGCAGUUCGCACAAGGAGAGGAGACCAACCUUGCAGAGCUGCUCCUCACAGCAGCAAGAGACUCUCCAGAUGGGGUGUGCCUGGAAGGCGAGGAGGGUGAGGGAGCGGGGGCGCACACCUUCGCGCAGCUGGCGGGCAUCGUAACCCCACUUCGGCAGGUGCUGCGGCGCCUGCUGAGGUCCCUGGAGUCCACGACAUCCGCUUCGAAGUCGAAGAAAAGUGGUGAAGACCGUGUGGAGCCUGUAGAGCCCCACCAGCGCCGAUGGGACGAGCAUGUGGUGAUCAUCGUCUUGGACCGUGGGAUGACGAGCAUUGCCGCCGCGCACGCCGUCAUGUUGGAGGGCUGCGCCUACAACGCCUUCGACGUCAGCGACCCCGUGGAGAAGCUGCGCUCUUGGGUCGAAGUGUCCUCACCUCCCGUGAUGAUCUCCAGUAGAAGCGUCCUGCAACGUCUGGGGCUGACGGACGUGGCUGCUACCCUUGGUGACUAUCCCCGGAUGGUUCUGGAUGUGGAUGCGGCCCUGAGGAAGGGAGGUGGCCACGUGAGCAUUCCGCCGAGAUGCUCGUUGGAGGACUUGGAGCGGCUGGCCUACCUGAUCUUCACGAGCGGGUCCACGGGCAAGCCAAAGGCCGUCAUGGUUCGGCACAAGUCGGCGCUCAACGUCGUUCGAAUCUGGCGUGCCUACGUAGACCUCCAGGCGGAUGAUCGAUUCGCGCAGGUGGCCUCGAUGUCUUGGGACGUGCACAUUAUUGAAGUCUAUGGUGCCAUGGCUGCCAGGGCCACCAGUGUAACGUGUCCCGACUUGAUCAAGAAGUCCGGCCCCGACAUGCUCAAAUGGUUGCGGCAGAAGCGGAUCACGGGCAUGAGCGUCGUGCCCUCGCACCUCCGCUCCAUCUCGGGCAGCGGGGACGUGUCGAUGUCCCGGGCUGGGUUGCCUCAGCUUCGCAUCGUGGACGUCGGCGGGGAGGCCUUGGGGGCUGAUGUCGUCAACACUUGGGCCGAAGGACGCCGGCUCUUCAACAGCUAUGGCCCCUCGGAGAUCUCCGUGGUGUGCACCGGCGGGUACGUGAAGCCCGGGGAUGUCAUCACCAUCGGCAAGGAGCUGCCAACCUACGGCGUCCACAUCCUGGACCCGGAGUCCUGGGCCGUCCAGGCACCUGGGCAGCGGGGAGUCUUGUUCAUCAGCGGCAUUGGCCUUGCACGCGGCUACUUGCAAGAGGAGGAGAAGACCCGGCAGAAGUUUGUGCACGUCCCUGGCCUGGGCCGUGUCUACAACACCGGGGACCUGGCGUCCCGGGAUGCGGAGGGCAGGAUUCAUUUCCAUGGUCGCGUGGACUGGCAGGUGAAGGUCCGGGGCAUCCGAAUCGAGCUGGAGGCACUGGAGCAGGCGAUCCUUGAACUCGACGCCGUGAGCCACUGCGAGGCUCGUGUGGUGAACGAGGAGCUGAGCCUCCUCGUCUCCCUACGAGAAGGCGAUGCCAUCCACCGCAAUGCUGACGUCGAAGGGCAGCUGAAAGCCAAGGCCCUGUCCCUCGGCCGCGGCUACAUGCUGAGCCGCGUGAAGUUGGUCCGAGAUGCCGACUGGAAGUUCAACACCUCCGGGAAGCUGCUGCGGAACGUGGUGCCCCUGGACUCCUCCGACUCCUCGGCCCAGAAGGCCGAAAACCCCGAAGAUGCCGCGGAGGCCUUCGACGGGACAGGCGCCUCCGAGCUGGAGCUCCAGCUCGCGGCGUCCCUGGGGCCGACGCUGCAAGUGAAGUGCUGGAACCGGCUCUCGCACUUUCAGGAGGACCUCAGCGUGGACUCCGCAGGCUUCGGCAAGUUUGUCACCGCGCUGAAGCGGCUGGACUCCCCAAGGUUGCAGAGGGUGAACUUCCAGAUGCUCUACGACCAUCCCUCCAUCGCGGCUCUCGCCAAAGCUCUCGCGAAUCUGCAGUUUGAGGACGCGGACUCGGAGGGGGAGGACCUCCUUGAGGAGGGAGCUCUUCCAACGUUUCCAUCGUCCGAGGAGGCUGAUUUCAUGGGCCGUUUUGUCGAGCUCCUCAGGCGCGUGCCUCAUGCCAUUUGCAUCGAGGAAGGCAGCUUCUCCGCCACCUACUGUCACGUCUUUCACAAGGCCUUAGCCUUCCAGCGGAUGCUGCGCAGGCGUUCGUCUGGCAGUGUGGCAGUAUCACAGCCGCUUGUGGCUGUCUGCUUCCGGUCUGUCGUUGACCUGGUGGCAGGCAUGUUGGCGACCCUUUUCGAAGGUUUCGCCUGCUGCGUCCUGGAGUUCACCAGCCCGGGAGACAUCAUCGAUCGACUGCGGGCUGUGCAGCCCCUGGCGGUGCUGGGCAAUGGGGCGGACAUGUUCCGACCCGUUGUGGAGCAUUUGGCCACUCAAGCGCAGGGCCCUGUUUGGGUUGAUGUUCGGGAGGCGACCCGGCAGAUGCUCCAACUGACGCGUCCCCUCAAGCCGCGCUCGGCGAGCCCCGGGUUUGUCCACCUUGCCACCGAAUCCAACUUGAAGGAGUUGGAAGCAGACUGCCUGGCACUUUCAGGCUUGCGCAGUUCCAUGUCGGCGUGGCGGCAGCAGCUGCCGCUAGAAGUCGGCACCCGGUUCCUCUCAACGCUGCCAGUGGGUGAUGCUUCUGGCCUGGUAGCCUUAUGGAGCAGCUUGUCAGCUGGAGCCACGUUUGUCACCUCCAAUCCAUUCCAGCCGUCGCAGGCGGUUUCCCCGCUGGCGCUCUCGAUUUCAGACAAACGGCCUGCAAUCCUCGCCUGUACCGCCAGGGAACUCGCGGCCACCAGUGCGGAAGUGCAGCCUCAAGGAUCUCAAGGUCUGCAGACGCUCUGCAUUAGCCACGGUGGCAGAAGCGGUGACCUGAAGGGCCUCGCGCUGAAUUGUGGGGGUGUUCGACUCCUGUCCGUGGAGGGCCUCUCCGACCCCGCGGCGUUCGAGGCCAGCGCCGAUGACCUUGUGAACUCGGAGUCGCAAGCAUCGGAAGAUCUUGCUCCAACGCUACAUCGUCAAAGUUCUGCUCAAUCGACUCAGUCGACAAUGACAUCCCUCGCAGACUACGUCCUGCAAUUGUCCGUCGACCAAAGCAAGCACUGGGGCAACCGCGCCUGGCCCCGGCUGUGUGCAGUGGUCCAGGGCGUGCUCAUCUUCUCGCAGCCGUUCUUCGUGGCAUCUCGCUUGCUGAUCGCAGAGCGCGUGCUGCUCCCCUUUGCUUUGUCAAUGCCUCUUUCCGUUGCCUUGAUGGUUCUCGUGGCGCUGUUGGUUGCCGAGCAAUUUCUUCGAUUUGGCGUGCUCUUCGUGGCGAAAUGGCUCCUCAUCGGUCGCUACAGGCCGGGGGAGUUCGACAUCUACAGCAUGAUGUACCUGCGGCACUGGAUCGUCGAACACCUGGCGAAAGGCUCCAUCGUGGGCCAAAACGCACAUCAAGGCAGCAGCCUGGCGUUCCUCUUCGUUCGCAACUUGGCGCUCAAGGCUCUGGGUGCGCGCACGUCCGUGUCGGCUGUGCUCACGGCCAGGGUCGUAGCCUACGACCUGGUCAGCGUCGGAGAGCUAGCAACGGUUCACGGGCCGCGCCAUCUGACGGCGGUCAGCUAUAGUGACCGCUCCAUGCGACUUGAUGCGGUGAGUGUUGGUGCCGGAGCCUACAUCGGGCCAAACUGCACCCUGGAACCAGGAUGCACAGUACGGGCUGGAGCAUACGUGGAACCGCUCUCGUCCGUCCGUAAGGGGCAGACCGUGUCUGGUCGUGCCAACGGAGUCCCAGCUGUGGAGGUGGCGCACAGGGAAUUGAGCCGGACGCCAAAGCCCGAGGAAGUCGCGUCCUUCGUUCGCUGGGCGGCAAGUUUCUCCACAGGCUACUGGCUGCUGAUGCUACCUCAAGCUGUGCUUCCUCUUGUUCUCGUGGUGUUGAUGAAGACGCUGGGUGACAUGGGUGGCAUGGGUGGCAUGGGUGACAUGGCCAUGAGCGACGGCCAAGGUGCGGAAGAGAGUAUGGGGAUGCUGGCGCCUCUGGAGCUGCUGGGCCCUGUCCCAGAUGCCCUUAGCGGCACUGCCUCUGGUGCCUUCGAUGCCCUGCCACCGAUGCUGAUGGACCGACUCCAGUGGCUCCCAAUCGUGGCUUUCUUCGCAUCGAUGAUGUCCACGAUCUUCCAGCUGAGCUUCACCAUAGUCCUGUGCCGACUCCUGCCCAAAGUGCGCCCCCCUUGCAGCUUCUCUCUGGCCAGCCUCCGCGCGCAAGUGGCAGCCCUGAAGAUGUCGAUGACCCUUGCAUCUUCGGAGAUGCUCGCAGACGCUUCCAUCGUCCCAGCUUUCAUCCGCCUCUGCGGGGCAAAGUUUGGGCACGGCUGUGCUAUGGGCCUUCAGGUGACGCUUCCGGAGACACUGGAGGUGGGAGACCGGUGCUUCUUUGCGACGGGCAACAUCCUCACCAGCGUCGACGUGGACCUCGGCCGCUUCAAUGUGCCCUGCGUGACCGUGAUGGGCGAUCGAACCUUUCUGGGGAACCACAACCACCUCCCUCAAGGCCUUCCUGAGGGAUGCUUCUGUGGUGUCGGCACAUGGCUUUCGGAGAGGCCGAAAGACGAGAACACUAGCUACUUCGGCAACCCUGCCAUCAAGUUCAGGCGCGUGAGUGAGGGCGCAAAAGUGAUUCAAGGGCCUGAAGCUGCGAGCUGGCAAGCCCGUGCCUGGCACCAUUUCAGCACAAGCAUCAUGGACGUGUUUCUCUAUCGAGGAGUCCAAGGAUCCACCGUUGCCAUUGCUUUCUACUUGGGACGCUUUGCGUGCCCAUACAUUUCAAAAUGGUGGGAGGUCUUGGCCCUACUGGGCAUCUACACUGCCUCCUCACUCACAUCCUGGUACUUGUUCUCUGUGUUGCUGGGCAACGCCCUCUUCAACGGGAACGCCCCAGCGAGCAACGCAUACUACUCAACGGCCGUAACCCGGUGGUUCACCGCCCUGACAGCGCAGCAGCGCGUGUUCAAGCUUCCGUUCCAGACAGCGGGCAGCUGCUGGCAGGCGCCCAUACUGCGGCUGCUAGGUGCGAAGAUUGGUCGGCGCUUCUUCUGCCUGAAUGAGCUCGUCCUGGUGGAUGCACCGUUCACCCAGAUCGGUGAUGACGUCACAGUGGACUACGAUGGGCAAGUGCGAUGUCACUCCUUUGAGGACUUUCGACUAAAGUUCAAGCGCUACACGAUCGGCAGCAAGGUGAGGAUUAUGGCGGGUGCCAGCGUGGCAAUGUGCGAUGCAGGAGAUGGCGCCGUUCUACGGCCUGGAAGCAUCACGUGGAAGGGGACCGACCUGGCCCCGGAGACCACGUACGACGGCGCCCCGGCCGAGUCCCUCGACCCGGAGAAGGGCGAGGUGAAGCAGUGGACCUCGAAGUGA